AUGGUACUCAGAUUCGACAAAUUCCUCCUUUUUGGCGACUCCAUCACAGAGUAUUCUCAUACCCAGCAGGGCUUCUCGCUAGCUGCCAAGUUGCAAGACGACUAUACCAGGAAGCUAGACAUUGUCAAACGGGGCUUUUCUGGUUAUAACACCAGAUGGGCGCUUCCUAUUUUCAAGGAGGUUUUGGAGACCGAGCUGAGUGGUCCUGGCGAUAUCAAGCUUUUGUAUAUCUUUCUUGGGACGAACGAUGCUGCUACUACGUUCCAAGGUGUGCCUAUUGACGAGUAUAAGCUGAACUUGGAAGCUAUGGUGCAAUUGGCUGAAAAGAAGGAUAUUAAGAUUAUAAUUGUCGGUCCUGGCUUGCACGACCAGCCAUUGGCGUUUGACAGCUUCGAAAAGAAGGGUAGACCACUUUCACAGGCGUUUUCCAGCUCCAAGGCUACCAGAGAGUACGCUGACGCUGCACGGGAGGUAGCGUUGGCACACAAAUUGCCAUUCCUUGAUUUGUGGUACUUGUUUCAGAAAAGCGGAGGCUGGUCUUCCGAGGAGCUUUUGCUGGGCAAGCCUGAUUUGAGUGAGUUCUUGCACGACGGUAUUCAUUACACUGCCAAGGCGUACGAGGUGUUUUACGAUGCAUUGAUCAAGCUUAUCAGGAAGGAGUACUCAGAAUUGCUGCCUGAAAACCUCCCACGCCAUCUUCCGGAUUAUAAAGACAUUGAUCCUGAUAACUACGAGGAGUCCAUUUUCCGUGGCCCCCACAGUCUAGAGAAAACUAAAUAG